UAUCUUCGUGACACUCAGGCCUUCUUUGGAGCCUCUGCUUCCUCGAGACCCAGGAGAGAUGUCUCACCAUCAGCAUCAGUGCAAGCAGCCCUGCCAUCCACCUCCUGUGGUGAUACCUAAGUGCCCUGAGCCUUGCCCACCUCCAAAGUGCCCUGAGCCUUGCCCACCUCAUCCACACCCACCUCAUCCACACCCACCUCAUCCACACCCACCUCAUCCGCACCCACCUCCACCGUGCCAGCAGAAGUGCCCUCCUGUGCCACCAUGCCCACCCUGCCAGGAGAAGCAUCCACCCAAGUGCAAGUAAGAGCACCAGAUUUCAUCAGGACCAUGAAACAACAAGAUCCAGGCUCUUCCUAGUCCCAGGACUCCACCAUCCUCCCUUCAGCCAUGGUGACAGACUGCAUCAUCCUUAACCUACCUGCUGGAUUGAAGCUGACAGAGAAAAGGCUUGGUUCCUGAAGCUCAUCCCAUGUUGUUGGAAGAAAAGCAGCAGGAUCACCCCCUGACCUGGCUUUGCCCUCUGCCUGUCUGUCAUCUGGGUUGUGAUCUGUACCCUAUGAGCACUUAGUGUGUGUAUUCUUUUACUUCUGCA